CGGAGGAGUUCGAACAGAAAUGUUCGGUCGUCAGUAUCGCGCGUGUUUGUGAUCGGUGUGUUGGUUGCGCCGGAACAUGCGAGUCCCGAUGAUUCGCAAUGUGCGCAUGGUGCAAAAUAGUUCUUUGUUGCGAGGGUCGUUGGACUAAGCAUGCAGAUUAGGACACAUGGAUUUGGGGUCAUCUUCUCACUCUGCUUCUUCUGCCUGCUCUCAUCCUGUACCGUGGCCUAUCCGUCCCUUCGAAAGUACAAGCGACCGGCUUUCUGUGACGCAAGCAAGGAUGAAGAGAAGCUGUCCUUCCUGUGGUCGACAAAGCAGAAUCCACCGUCCUACUUCUUCGGUACCAUCCACGUCCCAUACACGCGUGUGUGGCAGCACAUCCCGGAGAACGCGAAGCAGGCGUUCGCCAAUGCCAACAACGUCGUCUUCGAGCUGGACCUCAUGGACCCAGCUACCAUCGCAGCUCUGGCCACUUGUCAGAUGUUACCUCCAGGACGAAGUCUCGCGGACGUCCUGCCGAGGGACAUGUACCGUAGGCUCAAGCAGCACCUCGACUAUGUCAAGGUGAUGAUGUCUUCGUGGAUGACAGCCGACCAGCGUGGUCAGGGCCUGUACGCCGAUUACCUCUUCAACGCCAUCACGGGCAACUGGGAGCGAAAGCGGCCCAUUUGGGUUAUGCUGAUGGUGAACUCGCUGACUGAGAGCGACAUCAAGUCCCGCGGAAUCCCUGUGUUGGACCUGUAUCUUGCUCAAGAAGCGGAACGACUUUCCAAGCGCACGGGUGCCGUCGAGAAAGUGGACGAGCAGUGCCUGCCCCUCAACGGGCUCAACUUUACGCAGGUCCUCUUUGCCCUAAACCAGACUCUCCAGCAACACGAAAGCAUUCGAACUGGCGACGUCCAGGUACGGUACACGACGGACGACCUGAUCCGCCACUACAACUGCGGCGACCUGGACGCCGUCGUAUUCUCUCGGGACACGGCCCAGGUGCCACGACUCGCCAACGCCUCCCUGACGGCCCGCGAUCGCCAACUGGCCCGCGACAUCGACGACUACUUCCGUCACGAACUCAUCUACAAACGCAACCGGAGGAUGGGCGACCGAGUCGUCAAACUGCUGCGCGCGCAUCCCGGGGAGAGCUUCUUCUUCGCUUUCGGGGCAGGGCAUUUCUUGGGGAACAACACAGUGCUGGACUUCGUUCGACAAGGCGGAUUCGACGUCGAGCAUGUCAUUGCCACGCGCAAGAUUCAAACAGUGAACCAACCAAGCGAACCCCACAGCAGUAUUCCGUGGCACAGCACUCCACCGGAUCAGCGGAAUCAGCUGGGAAACACGAGACACGUGGCCGUCGAUGACGAGGACGAAGACGACGAUUAUACUUCCGACGGCGGUCACAGAGGGUCGCAGGGCGUGGUGCUGCACUGGCAGAGGCGCAACCGAAAGCGCACGCAGACAAACCGGGCUUACACCGGCUUCCAGCCUCGGUCCACGCAUCGCCCGAGCACGAGCAAGCCACGGAGGUUUAACGACCUCUGGGUGCGCAUCGACGGGUACACAACGUGGCGGCCUCACCCAAUACCUCAGCACCCAAAAGGCGGCAAAGACACACUAGUUGUACAGCAAUCACUGAAAGUGUGGUACGGCUACAAGGGCAGCGGUUGCGCGUGGAAGCCCUCCUUGGUGAUCCUUAUGUUUCUCUGGUGGACCGUCUGCUAUAGUAGUCGCAUUGCUCUGAACCAUUUCCCCCCUUGACCGUUGUGUGCUUCUAAGUGGGUCUCAACCGUACAGCACCUCCUGUCCGCGGAGGGGAAGGCAUCACAGCCGCACCAAAAGCUGCGAUGAUGACGUUGAAACAUUGUGGUGCGGAGCAAAGCGUCGAACAAUGUGUGCGCGUGUGAACUAUCGAAUGUGUUCGGACACCGCUGUGUCAGGAAUGCCACCGGCUACGUACUACCUCUCAGUUGCUGCUUCGAUAUUGUGUGAACAAUUAUGUUUGUAAUUUAUUCUGCAGUUUUCUCUUUUAUCAUGAAGUGUCCGUGACUUCGUUGACUUAACCUGGGCGUACACGAAACAAGUUUUUUUUUGUUUUUUUUAAUGCGACUCAGUUCGGACUACAAGUGCUGUUAGUAUGUUGUAAAGUUGUACUUUAAAAUGCUCCAGCUGCCAAUAGUAGUGGGUAGACACAGUGUCACACAAUUAAAAUGCUGGUGACAACUUC